UACUACUUCUAUCAUCGACAACCAUCCACAACUUUAUCUUUCCAUCUCAAGUCGACUUAAUUCAUCAAACCUAAACAUCUAAAAUGGCUAGAACCAAGCAGACUGCCCGUAAGUCCACUGGUGGCAAGGCUCCCCGUAAGCAGCUCGCUUCCAAGGCUGCCCGCAAGGCCGCUCCCUCCACCGGCGGUGUCAAGAAGCCUCACCGUUACAAGCCCGGUACCGUCGCUCUCCGUGAGAUCCGUCGCUACCAGAAGAGCACUGAGCUCCUCAUCCGCAAGCUCCCCUUCCAGCGUCUGGUCCGUGAAAUCGCCCAGGACUUCAAGUCCGACCUCCGCUUCCAGUCCUCUGCCAUCGGUGCUCUCCAGGAGUCCGUUGAGGCCUACCUCGUCUCCCUCUUCGAGGACACCAACUUGUGCGCCAUCCACGCCAAGCGUGUCACCAUCCAGUCCAAGGACAUCCAGCUUGCCCGCCGUCUCCGCGGUGAGCGCUCCUAGAUUCAUUUAAUCUUCGGAUGAGUCUAUCUCUGCAACUGGUUGGCUCUUUUAUGGGAUGGCGAUAACGGGGUUUCUUUCUUUGCUUAUUUCAUGACUACUGGCGAUACAUGAUGGGUUUCUUUUGCGAAUUUCACAACGGGUCUCUCGGCAAAUGGGUUUUGUGAUUUCUCUUGCUACGCAAUAAAUAGUAGGCUGCCGAGUUUGUUUCUCUCGAGCGGCUCUGGGGUGGAUUGAUGAUCGUGGCGAUGCAUCCGUCCGAAUAUGUACAUUACAGAUGAUUUGAUUCGAGAAGCGACUUCCAUCGGAAGCGCCAUCGGAUGGCAUAGACGCGAAAUGCAGGAUCUAUGACGAUGCAAUCCAAUCCAGCUUUGUGAUUCGCCUAGUGAUGAUGUUCUAUCUCUUUAGUGGUGGACUAAAUCCUGGUCUGAUG